AUGGCUUCGGGCUACGAUCGAGCACUUUCAGUGUUCAGUCCUGAUGGGCACGUGUUUCAGGUCGAAUAUGCACUCGAAGCAGUGAAGAGAGGAACAUGUGCUGUUGGAGUGAAAGGAAAGGAUAUUGUUGUACUUGGUUGCGAGAAGAGAUCAGCUAUGAAACUACAAGAUACAAGGAUAACGCCGUCCAAGAUUGGUCUGAUCGAUACUCACGUCUGUCUGGCCUUUGCUGGUCUCAAUGCUGAUGCACGUAUCCUGAUUGACAAGGCGCGACUGGAAGCUCAAUCGCAUCGUCUGACGGUCGAGGAUCCAGUUACCAUCGAAUACAUCACAAAGUACGUCGCCGGUGUACAGCAGAGAUAUACGCAGAGCGGUGGUGUAAGACCUUUUGGCAUCAGUACUCUCAUCAUCGGAUUUGACAAGGGUGAAACCGAGCCAAAGCUGUACCAGACAGAACCUUCGGGAAUUUACUCAGCAUGGAAAGCCAACGCCAUCGGUCGAUCGAGCAAGACUGUCAGGGAGUUCCUAGAACGAAACCACAAGGACGACAUGGACCGAGAAGCCACAAUUUCGCUGACGGUCAAGUCGUUACUGGAAGUGGUACAGACAGGAGCAAAGAACAUCGAAAUUGCAAUCAUGGCACCAGGCAAGACGAUAGAAAUGCUGCCAGCCGAGCAAAUAGAGCAAUAUGUCAAGACUAUAGAGGCAGAGAAGCAGGAGGAGCAAGCUAAGAAGAAGCCUGGUCGAGGCGGGCCAGCUGGUGCAGCUUCUUUGCCAUCGAGGCCUGUCACAGAGCAAGAAGGCUCGACCGGCGUCUAA